AAAAUAUGGAUAACUUGGUGAGAAUUAGAUUAUUGGUAAUAGCGCUUAAUAAGAAAUUGAGAAAUAAAAGGGAGGUCCAAUGAUUCAAGCCAUAUGCAAAAAAAGGUUAGAAAUUGCCAGCCCAUGCCCCAUAUGCCCUCCUUCGAAAAGUGUACCCUUUUUGUGUACACACACUUGCUUCUGCUAUACUAAUUACACUGACUCACUGUCUUUCUUAUACCAACUCUACAUUUUAUACAAAUGGCAGCAAUCACUACUCCUCCCACUCUCACUCCUUGACGGCCCUUGCUAACUUGCGCCCCCCCCCCCCCACUCCUCGUAAACUCCACCCACAUACUCAUGGCGGCCGCCGCUGCGGCUCUCUUGCUCCUGAUGCUCCUCAUCUCUUCUCCUUUUUACACAGUAUGGGCGGAGCUGAACGCGGAUACCGAAGCCGAGAUCCAAGCCUUGACCUCUCUGAAGAUGAGCUUCCACGACCCACUCGGCGUGCUCGCCGGCUGGGACCCUUCCACGCCGUCGGCUCCCUGCGACUGGCGCGGCGUCGGCUGCUACAGCCGCCGCGUCAGCGAGCUCCGCCUCCCCGCCCUCCAGCUCAGCGGUGCUAUUUCUUCUCAAAUCUCCAAUCUCCGCAUGCUCCGCAAGCUCAACCUCCGCUCCAACUCCUUCAACGGCACAAUCCCACCUUCCCUAUUCCGGUGCACCCUGCUGCAGUCGAUCUUUCUCCAAUACAAUUCCUUCUCCGGCGACCUCUCUCCUGAUUUUUCCAACCUCACCAACCUCCUCGUCUUCAACGUCGCCGACAACCGCCUCUCCGGCCAAAUCCCCGCCGUCCUCCCCCAGAAUCUCCGCUUCCUGGACCUCUCGUCCAACGCAUUUUCCGGAGAGAUACCGACGAACAUUUCGAGUGGGUCCCAGCUGCAGCUCAUCAACUUGUCCCACAACCAGAUUUCCGGCGAGAUUCCGGCGAGCCUCGGCGAGCUCGAGAAUCUCCAGCAUCUGUGGUUAGACUACAACAGCUUACAGGGCACGUUGCCUUCUGCUCUGGCGAACUGUUCGGCGCUCGUCCAUUUCAGCGCCGAUGGUAACGCAAUAGGUGGGGUGGUGCCGGCGGCCAUUGGCGCACUGCCAAAGCUCCAGGUUGUUUCUUUAUCCCACAACAAUUUAUCCGGGUCUGUGCCCCUCUCUCUGUUCUGUAAUGUUUCCGAUUAUCCGCCCUCGAUUCGGAUUGUUCGACUCGGGUUCAAUGCUUUCACGGACAUCGGUACACCCACAUCUGCCGUGUGUUUUAGUGCGAUGCAGGUUUUAGACCUUGAGAACAAUCAAAUUGCCGGCGGAUUUCCAUUGUUUUUAACUAGUAUUUCCUCAUUUACAUCUAUCGAUCUCUCUGGAAAUUCUUUUUCCGGUUCAAUUCCGAGCGAAAUCGGAAAUCUUAAGCUAUUGGAAGAGCUUAAAUUGGCAAACAAUUCACUCAGUGGUCUACUUCCAGCUGACAUCACAAACUGUAGGAGUUUAAGAAUUCUUGAUCUCGAGGGUAACCAAUUUGCCGGAACAAUUACCGCUCAUAUGAACGAGCUCAUCAAUUUGAAAUUCCUUAAUGUAGGAGGGAAUAACUUUUCGGGUCAAAUUAAUAUUGGAAAUUUAACGGCACUCCAGAGCCUGAAUUUGAGAGGCAAUGGAUUCGAAGGAGAGUUGCCUCAAGAACUGAUGGUUUUGAGCAAUUUAACUACAUUGGAUCUGAGUGGAAACAAGCUUUACGGGGUUAUUCCGUCAAGCAUUGGGAAUUUAAAGCAGCUUACAGUUUUGAAUCUUAGUGGCAAUGCAUUUUCGGACAAUAUCCCUCAAAGCAUCGGUACUCUGUUUAAGCUGUCAGAGCUCGAUCUGAGUAAAAUGAAUCUGUCGGGGGUGUUACCUUCUAAUCUUGUAGGCUUGCCUAAUUUGCAAGUGAUUGCGUUGCAAGAAAACAUGUUGUCUGGUGAUAUCCCGGAAGGUUUAAGUAGCUUAGUCGGUUUGCGCUAUUUGAACCUUUCUUUCAAUUCAUUUUCGGGUCACAUUUCUCCCACUUUCGGAUUCUUGAAGUCGUUAGUUGUCAUGUCGUUGUCCAACAAUCGCAUUUCCGGUUCAAUUCCACCGGACCUGGGAAAUUGUUCGUCUCUUGGUGUUAUUGAUCUUCGCUCGAACUCUCUGAGCGGUCAAAUCCCGGUUGACUUUUCUCGCCUCUCCCGUUUGACAGUUCUUGAUUUGGGGAAGAACAAUCUCACAGGUCAAAUCCCGGAACAAAUUUCCAACUGUUCCUCUUUAAUCUCAAUCUCGCUCGACUCGAACCAUUUGACCGGACGGAUUCCUUCAAAUCUUUCAUCAAUAUCCACGUUGAUCAAUUUCAACGUCUCGAGCAAUAACUUGGAAGGCAGCAUCCCAUUAGUUUUAGGGUCUAGGUUCGACAACCAAUCGUCUUUCACGGGCAACAAGGGAUUAUGUGGCAAGCCGUUAGAUACAAAAUGUGGCGACGAAGACAGUAAUAAUGAAAACCGAAGAAAUAAGCUUAUCCUAUUCGUCGCCAUUUCUGCCACUGGAAUUCUUGUCAUGCUAUCAUGUUGCUGUUUCUACGUGUAUAGCUUCUUGAGGUGGAGAGAGAAAGUCCAAAAGGGCGCUGCUAGUGAAAAAAAACACAGUCCAAUUAGGCCAAGUUCAAGAACAAGUGGGGUCCGCGGAAGUAGCGAAAACGGCGGGCCGAAGCUUAUCAUGUUCAACAACAAGAUAACAUUAGCGGAAACAAUCGAAGCCACAACUCAAUUCGACGAAGAGAAUGUAUUGAGCAGAACUCGACACGGUGUACUCUUCAAGGCGUGCUAUAAAGAUGGAAUGGUCCUCGCAAUUCGCAGGCUACCCAACGGAACCCUAGACCUGAACACCUUCCGGAAGGAAGCGGAAACCCUAGGCGGCGUGAAGCACAGGAACUUGACUGUCCUGCGCGGUUACUACUGUGGCCCGUCGCACCCGAGGCUCCUCGUGUACGAUUACAUGCCUAACGGAAACCUCGGUACUCUCUUGCAAGAAGCCUCGCACCAAGAAGGGCAUGUCUUAAAUUGGCCGAUGCGUCAUUUAAUCGCCCUCGGCAUUGCUCGUGGGUUGGCCUUUCUCCACGCAUCUUCGACUGUGCACGGUGAUGUAAAGCCGCAAAACGUGCUUUUCGACGCGGAUUUCGAGGCCCACUUAUCCGAUUUUGGGUUGGAAAAGCUCAUAGGGGGUGCGGCCGCCCCCCCUCUCCAAGCAGAAGCUUCUACUUCAAACUCGGUUGGAACGAUGGGGUAUGUAUCGCCCGAGGCGACGCUAACGAAUGAGGUUACUAAAGAAUCGGAUGUUUACAGCUUUGGGAUUGUUUUGUUGGAACUUUUGACGGGGAAAAAACCGGUGAUGUUCACUGAGGAUGAAGAUAUUGUGAAAUGGGUGAAGAGGCAGCUGCAGAGAGGUCAAAUUUCGGAGUUGUUGGAGCCGGGUUUGCUUGAACUCGACCCGGAAUCUUCCGAGUGGGAGGAGUUUUUGCUUGGAAUAAAAGUGGGUUUGCUUUGCACCGCACCCGACCCAUUGGAUCGGCCAACGAUGGCUGAUAUUGUUUUUAUGUUGGAGGGUUGUCGGGUCGGCCCGGAUAUUCCCUCCUCUGCGGAUCCUACUUCCCAGCCUUCUCCCGCAUGACCCGCCAAAUUAAAUUCGUAAAGUCGAGCUCGUUGACUUUUUUUUUUUUUUCCUUGUAUUUUUGUCACAUGUUGGUUGGGAAAAAUGAGAACAAUUUGGUUGAUUGAUUGACAUUAAUGUAUGGCCGUCCAUUGUUGUUUUUUUCUUGAAAAUGUUAUUUUGGAGUAGAAAUGAUUAUUGUUUUUGGCGCUUUCAUAUUUUG